CAGCAUUAUUCCAUUGACCGUGUAGAAGAGUUGAAGGUAUUUUGAUUACAAGCAGCAGAGCGGCUUCGCUCCCCGUGCGAAAUGGCAGAAUAACGGCUUGCAGCGGCAAAUCCAGCAGCGGCAAACCCGGCAGUGCAACGGUCCAGUGCACUGGCUACUAUAUAUUUGGCAAAAAUGGCGUCCCUCGUGGCAACCUUCAGCACUGCUGUAGUCGACAGCAUAAAAGAACCGUUCGACUCCUUUGCUCUACUCCGCCCCCGAAGCCCACGCUUCUUUCGUAGCUUAUCGCAGCCCCACCUGACCGAUGGCCGUGUCCCUGAGUGCGAAACCUGGCCUGGAAGACGUGGAGGCCCUUCUCUGGGCCCCCUCGUUUCUGAUGGCUGAGCCCCUGGAGCACCUUCUGGACGAAGAUGAAGAGGAAAUCCUAGCUGGGGGGGUGCCUUCCCCCCUCUCGUCGUCCUCCUCAUACGCCGACGCCUUUCCCUCCUCUCCACUCUCCUCCCUCUCCCCUCCUGCCUCCCCACCUCCACUCCUGGGCUGCAAGGCCGGGGCCGACCUGCUGCCCCUUCCCUGGCUGUCUGCAGACGAGCUGCCUUAUGGCCACAUCAGCGCAGGCAGUAGCAAUGAGGAUGCCUUCUCUGGCAUGGACUGGAUGGCGGAGAAGAUGGACCUGAGCGAGUUCGACCUGGACUCUCUCAUGGAUUCCUGUGCUUCUGACCAGACCCCCAGCUCCUCCGAUGAACUAAUCGCGUCGCUGGAGUCUGCCGUGGAGAUGGAGCCCCUGUCCGGCCCUGACGGCCUCCUCUUCUCCUCCUCCGCCCCCCAGGAGGAGCUGGGUAUCACCCUGCCCGGCCUUCCCAUCAUCACUGAGCCCCAGGGGGAGCUGGGUAUCACCCUGUCCGAGAUUCCCAUUGUCCCCGAGACCCAGGGGGAGCUGGGUAUCACCUUGCCCGACCUUCCCAUUGUCCCCGAGACCCAGGGGGAGCUGGGUAUCACCCUGCCCGGCUUUCCCAUCGUCCCUGAGCCCCAGGGGGAGCUGGAGAUCAAGUCGGAGCCCCCGUCCCCUGUCCCGUCCCUGUCCCUCCUCCCUCCCCUCUCCCCUGCCUUCACCCUGGACCUGGGCAGCGAGGUGGACGUCUCUGAAAACAAAAAGACGCUCGCCGCCGAAAAGGUCCAGGUCCCCAGCUUCGUGCUCUCCCUGACUCCCUCCAAUGUCAUCCUCCUCCUGGCGCCAAAAGAAGAGCCCAUCCCUACUGUCUCCACCACAGGGCCUGCCGGCUCAGAGAGCGACAGCGAAUUAAGCACUGCCCCCAGCUCCCCAAACCCCACCCCCACAUCACCCCAGGCAACCGGGUCCUCCAGGACCAAGCCAUACUCUGCCCCCUCCAGGCCCCGCCCGGCCCAAGAGGCCCCAGCCCUGACCGGGAGGGUGAAGUCAGCCGCAGAAGGCAGGGCGCCCAAGGUGGUGGAGAAGAAGCUGAAGAAGAUGGAGCAGAACAAGACGGCCGCCACCCGCUACCGGCAGAAGAAGAGGGCGGAGCAGGAGGCUCUGGGCACGGAGUGCGCCGAGCUGGAGCAGAGGAACCAGGAACUGGCGGAGAAGGCUGAAUCCAUCAGCAAGGAGAUCCAGUACCUGAAGGACCUCAUCGAGGAGGUGAGGAAAGCCAAGAGCAGGAAAAACAAGGCUGCGUCCUGAGGCAGUAUGUUUGAAAACCAAGAUGAAAAAACGGAAAUGGAGGAACUCCACUAGCAGAAAUGAAAUGAUGCGCUCCAGUGCGUGCUCCUGUCAUGGUGGGGACAGACACAGGAGCUGUUCAGUCAUCAGUCUAAAGGUCUCAGUCCCAUACACCCCCCACCUUCCCCCGAACACACUCUCACGAGCAGACGCACACCAGUAGGCAUGUUGUGUACUUCAGCUGUAAAAUCGUGAUGAUUAUCCAGUUUUUAGAGUAGUGUCAUAUAGUGUAAUCCCACUGGUCACAAGAUAGUAUCUGCAUGUCUCAAGUUCACAUUGCUCUGCAUCUGAGAGGUACCUCUCAAAUUCCCUUUUGUCUUCAGUCCAGUAAGGCAACGGUUGUGUAUUUGUAUUCCAUCUUGUACUUCCCCUCGGUCAGUGAUGCUUUGUGUUGCAGUCGCAGUCUAGAUUUAUUUAAAAACUUUCCUCUGAUCUGUGUGUGUAUAUAGUGUGUAAUGCUGUCCUAAGCAUGUGUAAAUGUGUUCAUCUCUUUUUCUAAUAAAGCUCUACUGAAAAGCAA